AUGGGCGGUAACCAACGUCACCAUUCGAUUAGCGACUUCGACGGGUCUCGUAUGCACCCGAACCCGAACGUGCAGGGCUUCUAUGCCUCCCAGCGUUUUCAGGGACGCCCGAAUGAAGUAGAACAGAUGAUGCAAGCAAAGCGUCGGAUGGCAGCGCAGCGUGAGAGGGAGCUCCGCAACUAUCACCAGGAGCAACAGUACAACCGAAGCCUCCUUGCCGAGAUGUCUGGAAACAAAUCCGACCGUUCGCUCAGCCCUGCCGCCAUGAGUGAGGAAAGCCGUCGCGAUCUCCUAGCCCGUCAGCACAGGGCUUUGUACGGCAACGAAAGCCCGGCGUUUUUCCCUCCCGGCACCCUGGAUGAUCACUCGCGACCAGAGAGCCAGGCCGGGGGCACUCCUUCCUCUGCGACUGGCGUCCGCGGCCCAUCUCCCCGCGGCGUUGAUCCCUUUGGUCUCGCCCAAACCCCGGUCCAAGGUAGCAGCGACGGGGCUGUCCAGGCUGCUGCCACCGCCUCGACUCUUCAGUCUCCGACCCGCGCCAACAGCGCCUCCUCGCCCAGCUCCGGCAUCAACCCCGUAUUCGGUGCCGACCAGCCAGUGACCUCCACCUCCUCUCCCGGCGGAGCUGACUCCCCGUCCUCCCGGUCUGCCCCGUCCAAGUCCGCUGCCGGAUUCAUUGGCUCUGUGGGACCUAUUGGCUCUCGUCCCAUCCAACAAGCAGGCCCCGUGCAGAUGCCCAACCCGGCUCUGAACAAGCGCUCCACCACCCCUCUGCCAUCUCCUUUGGGAUUCGGCUUCACCUCCGGUGAAGGAGUGACUCCUGGAGCAAGCAACGAGCGCUCGGCUUCGACGGCUUCCAACCCUCCCAGCACCGCUUCCUCGCUGAACCCCGGCGUCAAGGACUCCACCGGUGGAGUUGGCCUUGGGUGGGGCAACGGAAGUGGUGUCUGGGGCUCCAAGAAUGGACUGGGUGUGCAGGCUUCUGUCUGGGGUUAA